CCAAGCUUUAACUCAUCUGAAAAGUUACUUGUUGCAUUUGCUAUGGUGUUGAAUUCAAACAAUGGCAAUUCCCAGUCUUCCCUCUUGUUUACAGUGGCAAAGUUGUUUUCAGGAACAACCCUAAUUUCUCCUGUGAUUGAAGAUGUCAAGCAACGAUGAAGAAUUUUACAAUACAUUCUACAACGCAUUCACUUCCGAAUCGACAGAUAGAAGAUCUGAGAUGAGAGAAUAUUCAAGAGAGAUUUCGGAGAAUUUGAAGUUUGAGAAUAUGUAUGGAUGCCAACAAAAACCACCGAAGCUAAUGAAAGUUGAAGAUUAUAACUGGUGGAAAAACCGAUUUGAGGGUUGGGUAAAAGCUUUCGCUCCUGAAAGUUGGUUAAAAUUGAAAAAUGGAUAUACUGCACCAGUAAAAGAGGGAGGAGAGAUGAUAAAUGAAAAAGAUUUCACAGACAUAGAUAUAAAAAAUGUUGUGGCUGAAUAUAAAAUGAUUACAUUGAUCAAACAGUCAGUGAGAGAGGAUAUUAUUUCGUUACUUGAACAAGAGAAAACUUCGAAGAGUUUGUGGGAAGCGUUAGAGAGAAAAUGUAUAGGAAGUAAUGAAAUUGUUAAAAACAAUAAGAAAUUGUUGCGUAAAGAGUUUGAUCUAUUCAGUUGCAUGAAAAAUGAAUCUGUUUGUAAAAUGAUCGAAAGAUUUGGGCAUCUGAAAAUGGAGCUGGCCAGACACAAAAUCACAUAUACUGAAGAGGAGCUGGUGGAUAAAUUGUUUGAUUCAUUGCCAAAUGAUCAAGAUUGGCAAUAUUUCGCUCUAAUGUUGAAAAACACAAUCAAGCCUUAAGAGUUAACAGUGGAUUUGCUGAUCGAAAGACUUGAAAGCCAUGAGUUGGAGAUAAAGAGAUCUAAAGUCAACAGUUCAGCUCAUCAGCAGAAUGUGGAACUUUAUUACCGAGGAAAUGUACCACAAGCUGGGUCUCCAAGAAUAGCGUUUUCUGCAGAAAGUUCAAAUUCAGUGAACAAUGAAAGUCUUCACAGUGGAUCUUCUUCAAACACUUCAAGUCAAUCUGCUUCCAAGAAUUUGUUUCAGUGUAAUAUCACAGUGGAUUUGAAGAAUGAGCAGAAUUUCAGCGAAGAGUCAGCAAAACAACAGAUGGUUUUCUUGGCAUCUGUUCUUGAGUCAUACGAAAUUCUCGUUGCAGGGAAGAUUGGCAACACCAACUUGACGAAAGAAGAUUAUGAUCAAAUCGAUCCUAAGGAGAUGGAAUU